AUGUUUGACAAAUGGUAUGGUUUGGUCGCCGGAGUGUUGGUAUGGGUUCUCGUAUUUCUCGUCGUCUUCUAUAAAGUGCUCGAAGACUGCAUUUAUCGACGAAAAGCCGCACAAAAGAUAAAUGACGACAAAAAGUUGUUAAAUAAAUAUCUAUUGAGUGUUGUGUUAAGCCAUUCAAUGGACAACUUUCAGAUGAGAGGCAAUGAAAUCAAAAUACUAUUAUUUGAUUUGAAUGACAAAUCCGUGGAGUUUACCAUUCAAUUGAAUAACUCGGAGAUCAGGACUGAUAUCUGCGGCAAACAAUACAUCCGUUUAUUCCUUACUCUCACGACUGAUAUCUGCGGCAAACAAUACAUCCGUUUAUUCCUUACUCUCACGUCUGACAAGAAUUGGCCCUUAAUUUUCACCAAAUUGUCUGCCGUUCACAACAGCACUGGGGUUAUAUUCAUGGAUGGCAUUGAAAUAGAGGACGAGUGGACGGGAAGGCGACUGUAUUUCCCGAUCCGAGAGUACAUCAAAGGAAGAGAUGAACUGAAAGACGCCAAAGAGAUAUCUGUGAAACGCCAACAGUUGAGACUCUUCUCGAAGCAAACUCUGUGUCCAAACUUCGAGAACCCAUUAAUACAAGAGACUGGAGAAGAAGUGACUGAUUCUGGAAAGCGUGUGAAUGCGGUGUCCAUUAAACCGAGACUUGAUUUGUUUGAAGUGUCGCUGUUUUACGCACUUCUAUUUAAUUUGACAUUUUUUGCCAACUAUUUGAUGGUAUUCUUAGGCGUGAAUUCAAAGCCCGAUUCAAUUCUACAAUAUAUCACAUAUUUUGGAGGUCUGGCUGCGACUGGUUUGUUGUCUUUCGUCAUAACGGAUACCAUUGCCUACGUUUACGUCCGUUAUAUCAAAACAUAUCGCAAACCGAAAACCAAACCACCGGUUAAUACGGACUGUUUCUGGGCUUUCGUGCGAGUCUUGUAUCUGAUGUCUGUCUUCGUUGUGGCCAUCAUUUCAUCGAUUGGCACACAAUUACUGUUUGCAUUUAACAACAUUACUUCACCGAUUGAGGACCUAAUGCCCGGAAACUAUAGCGGAGUUUACGCUUUGAUAAUAAUUAUCGGCGUUUUCAUGAUUGGUCUUAUAAUUCAGUUUACGAUUUGGAUCUCAUUUUUAGCUCUUAUAAAAUACUUCUUCCUUUUGAUGUUUUUCGGUCAAAACUAUACACAUAUGGAAGACAGCAGUUAUAUGACGGACACCACUACUGAACCCAAAGAUGUUGAGCGAAGGGAAAAACAGGAAGUGAUUAAAGGCAGCGCAACCGUUAAGACCGACAAAAAGCCCAAAACACCGGUUAAACUGAACGCCGAGACGAAGUCUAAACUCGUAAAGUUUGGAGUCCAUAGACUCGACAAAGAGCUCGAGGAUAAGGAGAGGAUCGAGCGGUUGAGCGGCAAAAGUCUCAUUCAUCCGAUUACUAAAUCCAAAGGAUAUAUAGAUCCAGAAUCUCUUCGCGACAAACCCUAA